GUGUGGGGGGUGAUUGGAAGCAAGACGGAGCCUGCACUAGUUGUUCAUUUGCUGUGUUUCAACAAGUUUUCUAGCAGCCAGUGAGGAAGACACUUAGAUUAUUUGUAACCCUCUCGCACACUGCAUGGCUUUGUAAACGAGUUUUGCUGAGCUCACCACCCACCCACUGCUGCUGCCACCAACAUGCUGACUGCUGCUGUGUGGCUGAUGGCCCUGCUGGGCCCACCGGUGCAAGGCUGGUGGGGCCUGUCACCGGCAGCUGACGACGACGCGUCACAACUCGGAUGCGGCAGCAGCUUCUUCACGCAGACGUUUCCUCAAGGCGAGGGUUCAGCAUUGAAAGUUUGGUGUCAUGGUAAGCACAGUGGCCCCAAGUUUGCCACCCUGCACAGGCCUGACUGUCACACCGCUGUUGCCUUGGCCAUCCGUCUCGGUCCCGGAUGGUUGUUGGGACAAGAGUUCCAAGAAGAGGAGAUUUUGGAAAAGGAAGAUGGUGUCAAAGUGUUUGUUCCAGCUUUUCUCCGAAGAAACUACUACAACUCCCCACCGACAGACUCCCACUUUCUACACUGGGACUGGUCCGUCUCCACUAUAAUCCGUAGUCAUGUCGCCCACGAGUGCAACGACCGAAACGGUGAACUCUACAUCCUAACCGGGGUGGGAGCUCGCUGGGCCGAGGGGUGUCAGGUGAAGCCACAGUGGUCAGCGGUGUGCUGCUCUGUUCCGGACGCUGAAGGCGGCUUUAGCGUGGGCUUUAUAAGCAAAGAUGAUGAUGGCGGCACCGUGCUGCCGGUGAGUGUCAAGGAAUUGCAGGAGAAGCUGGGAGUGGAGGGGCUUUUCUCCGGAGGCUGCGUAGGGGAAGACAUGGUUGGGGUCACUCAAGAUCUUUACACUGGGGCCGACAUAGAAAAGCUGGCCGCAAAUCUCGCUGAGAGUUUCCGCAUAGUAUCGGACGCCGAUGAAAGUGGCUCAGAUGCAAGCAACUCUGAUACAAGCCACUUGGAUUCAGGUAAGGCUGAUAUAAGCCACUCAGAUGUAAGAGACUCUGACACAAGCCAGUCUGAUACAAGCCACUUGGAUUCAAGAAAUGCUGAUAUAAGCCACUCCGAUAUAAGCGACUCUGACACAAGCCACUCAGACACAAGCCCCUCGGAUACAAGAAACUCUGAUACAAAAGAAGCUGAUGUGACAGAGGAUUAUACUGUUGAGACCGAGAGCAGUAGCAUCGAGGCAGCUGAAGAGAAGCGCUAUGUUGAAAGUGUCACUGAACAGGUGGACGAAGCAGAAAGCAAUUCCAGCAGCAUCGUAGUCUUCAUCUUAUCCACCACUUUGUCCAUUCUCAAAGCUCCACUCAGGCCUAUCUUCUCCAGGAUCACGCAGUUCCCUGGACAGGUUUUGUACGUUCUCCAGGAAGACCUGGGUGUCCUUACCGCUCUCCCAGGAGACACCUUCUCCUUCUUCUACCUCUUGGUAUCAGAUCUUCUGUCUUGGAUACGCUGGGCUUUUGAGACGCUGCUGGACAUGCUAAUGGACUGCAUCUAUGGACUCUACUACUGCUCUUCCUCCAUGCUGGCAGAGCUGCUGAACAGCUGCUACACGGGGGUGACCGGCGUAGGGACACUAACCGGCGACACGGUCGGGAUAUGUGGGGAUGUCGUGGGCAACACGUGGUGGGUAAGCAAAUUCUUCGGAGGGCGUCUUCUUAGGCAGAGUGGGGACUAUGCUGGGACCGUAGCCAUGGAGAUGGGGGAUCAGGCGCUGGCCUUGGGCGGAGGGACGGGUCGGCUGGCGUGGAGAAGCGUAGUCGGGGUGUUCAAUGUGUUCUUCACGGGGGGGAGUAUUGUCUUCGGAGUGUUGGAUGUAGUGUUUGGGGCUUUCACAGAAGGGUUUGGACAGGAGAUGGAUACAACACCACUCCACACUAAUCUGUUGGAGGCGGAGUAGGAACAUUUUGGAGUGGGUGUGUCUUUUUUUUUGCACUGGAAAUUAAAUUUACAACUUUUUAUUGGAUUAACAGUGAACAAAAAUUGUUAUUUCAAUUUUUAAGGGGACAUAUUUGGGCUAAAUAAACAUUUUAAUGGCUUGUAUACUAAUAAUUCUGUUUGCAGAGUGCCUGCUCACCCAUUAUUUAUGAAAGUAAACAAAUGAAAACCAACCAACCAAAACUAUUCGAUGUAUGUUGUUUAGUGAAAUAUACAUACAUAAAAAUCCACUUACGUGACAUGUGAAAUUCUUUUUUUCUGUCCUCAUGGGUGCUAAGCAAAUUAUGUCCCCUUUUAUUUCACUAUUAACCAUUCAGGUUUUUAACAGAUUACCUCUUGAAAUGUGAUUAGGGAAGAACGGCUUGAUGACACUGAAUGUGCCUUUUUUUCUAAUAUUUGUAGUCAUAAGAAUUGGAUGUGUUUUGUUAUGCUUGAAUAAAAGAUAUU